AGCAACAGGUUACACGUGUCCUAAGUAAGCUCUUCCCCGGUGAUCUUGUCAGAGCCCAUUAAUCUCCUCGACCGCCUUUAGCUUCUCCAGUCGUCCGUUUCAAAUCCCGCGAAUACAAUACGGUGCUGAUGGCCUGCUCAAUCAUCGACGUCGUUUGAUUUCCAAUGAGGAGCAUCAAUCCCUUGCCCGGGGCAGUUCGUAGUUCGGUGCGCUCUGGCGUUAUCCUCUUAGACCUGCCAAGGGUUGUGGAAGAGUUGGUUUUUAACAGUCUGGAUGCCGGCGCGACGAAGGUAUCAGUUUAUGUAGGGAUUGGCACCUGUUCAGUAAAAGUAGUGGAUGAUGGAUCUGGCAUUCCUAGGGACGGAUUGGUGUUGUUGGGAGAAAGAUACGCGACAUCAAAGUUUCACCAGUUGGCUGAUAUGGAUGAUGCAAGUGAGAGUUUUGGCUUUCGGGGAGAAGCAUUGGCUUCCAUUUCCGAUGUUUCAGUGUUGGAAAUUGUAACAAAAGCUUAUGGGAGGCCGAAUGGAUAUCGUAAAGUCAUAAAGGGAUGCAAGUGCAUAUAUCUUGGAAUUGACGGUGAUAGGAAGGAAGUAGGCACCACAGUUAAUGUCCGCGAUUUAUUUUACAACCAACCAGUUCGGAGGAAAUAUAUGCAAUCAAGCCCCAAGAGGGUGUUGCACUCAGUCAAGAAAUGCAUCCUUAUGAUUGCCCUUGUCCACUCACAGAUUUCCUUCAAAGUCAUUGAUAACGAAAGUGGGGACGAGCUUCUUUACACUCAUCCUUCUUCUCCUUUGUCACUAUUGACAAGUGAGUUUGGGGUUGAAGUUCCUGACUCUCUUCAUGAAUUGAACGUUGGUGAUGAUAUAUUAAAGCUAUCUGGCUAUAUAUCUGGCCCCUGUGAUGGUUUUGAAAUUAAGGCCUUCCAAUAUGUCUAUAUUAACUCUCGGUUCAUUUGCAAAGGUCCAAUUCAUAAACUGCUGAAUCAAUUGGCCAUUCAGUUUGACUGUUUGGAUCCAUGGAAAAUCAGUUCCCAAAACCAGAAAAGAAGUAGGUCUCAAGCUUAUCCAGCUUAUCUUUUGAAUCUAAGCUGCCCUCGUUCUCUGUAUGAUUUGACCUUUGAACCAUCAAAGGCAAAAGUUGAAUUCAAGGAUUGGGCUCCUAUACUUACCUUCACUGAGAAGGCCAUUCAAAGAUUUUGGAACGACAAUCUAACUCUUGGUAUAGACUUGUCAGAAACCUCUGAAAUUGCAAAAAAGAAGCUUAGGGUAAAAAAUCAUAAAGCUUCUCUUGACAUUUUCUCUUCCCCUUCGGAGAUGCUCAAAGAGUUCGACCAUUUGUCUGACAUAGAACAUGAUGGAAUUCCUCAUGCAAACCUGCACAAAAAUUCUGCUGAGUUUAUAGAGCAACAAAAUGAGAUGGGAUUUGUUUGUCAAAAUGAUUAUGCUUUCCAAUCAUGGGAUGGUCUUGAAGCCAAAUGCAUACCCUGUGAGUAUGAGAACCAUCUGUUGACAUCUGAUAACAAUUUUCUAUCCAUAGAAGAUAAUUGCUUGAAGAAUAGAUCCAAUGCUGAUGUGGAGAACAGUUUAAGCUCAGUAUGGGGAGUUGAGUUCCUUAAAGUUGAUCCAGUUGUGAGCAAUGAAUUGGCAGGGAUUGCAUUAUCUUGUGACUUGGUUGGCAGGGAUAUCGAGAAACCCUUCCUGCAGGUUUGUUCCUCACAACUAAGGCUGCUUGAGAGGGCUUUGUUUGCAAAUGAUGACGGAUAUGAAUUUCAAAGGGAUCGCUUCAGGACCAACUGGAAGCAAAGAAGUGCUCAUGACAGUGAUGAUGUUCUGGAAUUUGAAGGCACUAAACAGAGUUUUGAUUUACUUCCAAGGACCCAUUGGCAAGAAGAUGCAUCAUGUUCUCAGUCCUUUACCAGAGAAAUUAAAAAAGUUGAUGUGCCUGCAGAUUUUGAUUUUUCAUCAAGAGCUUUUGGGAAGUCAAUCCCAUCUUAUGCAGAGCAUUUCAUUGAAGAAGAUGUUCUUGAAUAUGAUUCGUUUGUCAAACACUUGGGGAAAUUAGGCUCUAGUCAUUCUGGCUGGUGUCCCUGGCCUCAGAUUCCUUAUUUCGCCACCCCUUGGGGUUUUGAGCAUUUAAGGGAUGGAAAUGCACUCAGGGAGAGUCCUCACUCUGGUGAAAGUGUUGGUUAUGGGCAUCUUGUGUCUAAGGAAAAGAGCGACUGCAAAUCUAGUUUUGAUAUCAUGCCAAAGGGCUCUAGACGGGAAUAUUGCACCUCCCCUUGUCUGUAUAACAAAGUAGAUUUUGAUGAUUAUGCUUGUUUUAGUAGAAAUUCCUGCAAAUUCUUUCCUAGAGUUAAUCAAGAGUAUAAAUUUUCUCUUGAACGUGCAAAUAUAUUGCCAGAUGAUACAGUCUGGUUGAAUAUGGAAUCAGAAGCUAAAGAUUACACACGUGUUGACAAAUAUGAAAGCCAAAGAGAUCCAAUGGGAUAUCAAGAUUCUGAACAGGAUCGUGUUCCUAAAAAAAGGUCGAGAAGAAGCCUUUCAGCUCCACCAUUUUACAGAGGGAAAAGGAGGUUCUUUUCCUUAAAUUGUCCUUCAAUUAUGAAAGCGGGAAAACCCGGAGCCAAAAUCUUUCACAAUGCUCUUCCUUAUCCAGAGGAUGAUCUGCUGAAACAUGCCAAACAACCUUCUGGUGCUCAUCAUUUAUAUUUCAAGCCAAGUUCUGUGGAGCAUUUGUUGUUAGACAAUAGACUGGAUAUGGAGAAGAUGACAAGCAUUUCAGCAAACUUGAAGGAGAAUGAAGAAGGUGACACUGUUGAACAGUCCUGUUAUUUUGGCAGUCAAGACAUGGCUCCAGUCUUCUUCUCAAAGAAAACUCAAGAUUCCGUGAAUUCUUGGUCUAAAUGGCGGAGUUUCUCUUCCCAGAUAACAAACAAAAAUAAAUCGUGUGAUACCAACAAUGAAAGUCAUAUACUUGACAUCUCUUCUGGAUUCUUGCAUCUUGCUGGUGAUUCUUUAGUUCCUGAAUCUAUCAACAAGAACUGCCUGGGUAAAGCCAAAGUUCUUCAGCAGGUGGAUAAGAAAUUCAUUCCGGUUGUGGCUGGUAGAACACUUGCUGUUAUUGACCAGCAUGCUGCAGAUGAAAGGAUCCGACUGGAAGACCUACGCAAUAAGGUGUUUUCUGGAGAAGCAAAGACGAUUAAUUAUCUUAACAUUGAGCAAGAGUUGAUCCUGCCAGAAAUAGCCUAUCAGUUGCUGCAAAAUUAUGCUGAACAGAUAAAAGAUUGGGGUUGGAUCUGCAACAUACAUGGUCAAGAUUCAAGGUCUUUCAAGAGGAAUUUGAAUCUUCUCCACAGGCGUCCAAUAGUUGUCACUCUUCUUGCGGUACCAAACAUUUUAGGUGUUAAUUUGUCUGAUGUAGAUCUUUUGGAAUUUCUUCAGCAGCUUGCUGAUACGGAUGGAUCAUCAACAAUGCCACCAUCAGUCCUCCGUGUCCUUAAUAUGAAAGCAUGCAGAGGUGCAAUUAUGUUUGGGGACUCUUUGUUACCUUCGGAAUGCUCCCUCAUUGUGGAAGAGCUAACGCAGACCUCGCUUUGUUUCCAGUGUGCUCAUGGACGACCAACAACUAUCCCCAUUGUCAACUUGGAGGCAUUGCACACGCAGAUAGCUAAGCUCGGAUCUUUGGGUGAUAACCCAAACAAGUUGUGGCACGGUUUACAUCGACAAGAACUUAGUAUUGAUCGUGCGGCACAGCGGUUAGGUUCUGCAAGAGCUUAGAGUUGAGGAGACACCAAAGGCAUUCCCAGAACCAUUGUGGCAGCCCUAAAUUGUAAUAGGCACGCCCAUUGUAAACUCAUUCUUUGUCAUAUGGUUUGUAUUUUCGUUUGUUAACAUUUUAGUACGCUUUGGGAUCCUGAAUUCAUGCAUCGAGGGAUUAAGAUAGCACAUUGUUUGCUUAUUAAUAUUCAAUUUUACGUAAUAAAUCACAAUUUUUUU